GUACUGUAGACAGGCCAUCUGAAUUAACCGGCUAGUCACCUGAUUAAUAAAGAAACAGGUUCGGCUUAUAAGGACCUUUUUUUUGCAUGUACUAUAUUAUAAUCAAACAAAAAUACAACAGAAUCCAGCUGACUUCUACCACAGACCUACACAUCUGAAAGAAUUAUUUUACAGAGGAGCCUGGGAUGCCGGCGAGGAAAUACAACGGGGUGAAUCUCAAUCAGUAAACCAGCGUUCAUCAUUGGAUCAAAUUAAGGGAAUAUUUUAUUUGGAUCUUAUCGCAGAAAAAAAUCUUCGAUUUGGGGGUAAAGGGUGUUGCAUAUACCUCUGCCAUGGCCAACGCCUCCAUGGACCUGGACAAUGUUGAGGCCCAAGGUCAACUCAACAACAAUCGUCCAGCCAGCAGCAGAGGCCAUACCUGGGACUCAGAGAGCACUAGCGCUAAGCUGUUUGAAUGCUCCCGCAUCAAAGCGCUUGCAGAUGAGAGAGAUGCCGUGCAGAAAAAGACCUUCACAAAAUGGGUAAACUCUCACCUGGCACAAGUGUCCUGUAGGAUAGCGGAUCUGUACAACGACUUGCGAGACGGUUACAUGCUGACCAGGCUGCUGGAAGUCCUAUCUGGGGAGCUGCUGCCCAGGCCUACAAGAGGCCGCAUGCGCAUCCACUGCCUUGAGAACGUGGAUAAGGCCCUGCAGUUCCUCAAGGAGCAGAGGGUCCAUUUGGAGAAUGUGGGUUCUCACGACAUCGUAGAUGGCAACCACCGACUCACACUGGGCUUAAUAUGGACCAUCAUUCUGCGUUUCCAGAUUCAGGUAAUCAAGAUAGAGACUGAGGACAACAGAGAAACACGCUCAGCCAAAGAUGCUCUUCUCCUGUGGUGCCAGAUGAAGACAGCCGGUUACUCUGAGGUCAACAUCCAGAACUUUACUUCCUGCUGGAGAGACGGCCUGGCCUUCAAUGCCCUUAUCCACAGACACAGACCUGAUCUAAUUGAAUUCCACAAGCUGGCCAAGUCCAACGCUACAUAUAAUCUACAGCAAGCUUUCAAUGUUGCUGAGCAAAAUUUGGGUCUUACAAAACUCCUUGAUCCUGAAGAUGUAAACACGGAGAACCCAGAUGAGAAGUCCAUUAUUACCUACGUGGUGUCUUUCUAUCACUACUUUUCGAAGAUGAAAGCCCUUGCAGUAGAAGGGAAACGAAUUGGAAAGGUUUUGGACAAUGCAAUAGAGAUAGAGAAGAUAAUUGAGCAUUACGAUGCUUUGGCCUCUGACCUCCUGGAGUGGAUCGAGAAGACCAUUAGUAUCAUCAGCAAUCAGAAGUUUGCUAACUCUCUAACCGGUGUUCAGCAACAACUCCAGGCCUUCACAACAUACUGUACCAUCGAGAAGCCCAUCAAGUUCCAGGAAAAGGGGAAUUUAGAAGUGCUUCUUUUCACAAUCCAAAGCAAACUCAGAGCCAACAACCAGAAGCCAUAUGUGCCUCAUGAAGGGAAGCUGAUAUCUGAUAUCAAUAAGAUGUGGGAGAGACUGGAAAAGGCAGAGCAUGAAAGGGGUGUAGCACUGCGGACAGAGUUAAUCAGGCAGGAGAAACUGGAACUUCUUGCUCAGCGCUUUGACCAUAAAACUACUAUGAGACAAGCAUGGCUAAAUGAGAACCAGCGACUUGUAUCUCAGGAUAACUUUGGCUAUGACCUCCCAGCAGUAGAAGCAGCCAUGAAAAAGCAUGAGGCCAUUGAGGCGGACAUUUCGUCGUAUGAGGAACGCAUCGGGGUGGUGGUGGAGCUGGCGGCGGAGCUGGAGGCGGAGGGAUACUACGAUAACCGGCGCAUUGCGGCACGCAAGGAGAACAUUCUGGGCCAAUGGGCCCUUCUCAAAGAGCUGGUGGUGGCAAGAAAAGCACGUUUGGAAAAAAACCUGGCUCUGCAGAAGACGUUCCAGGAGAUGGUCUACAUGAUCGAUUGGAUGGAGGACAUACAGAUGCAACUUCUGUCCAAAGACUUUGGCAAGCAUCUGCUUGAAGUGGAUGAUCUGCUCCAAAAGCACAGUCUCCAGGAAGCCGACAUCGCAGUGCAGGCAGAAAGAGUCCAGACGCUCAAUACUGCUGCCCUCAAAUUUACCACCAUUGAAGGCUAUCAGCCCUGUGACCCACAGGUGAUCUGUAAUCGAGUUAACCACGUCACCACCUGCCUCGAAGAGCUCAAGCAGCUGGCUGCUAAGCGGAGGUCAGAGCUGGAGGAUUCUCGCCAGCUCUGGGCCUUUUUCCAAGAGGUGGAGGAGGCAGAGGCCUGGAUUCGCGAGAAGAUAGCCAUUUUGGCUGCUCAGACUUUCGGCAAAGACUUGAGCAGCGUGUUGCGUCUGUUGCACAAGCAUAAGACCCUGACGGGCGAAUUGCUGAGUAGACGCAAGCUAUUGCAACAGACAAUGAAGAAAGCGAAGCAGUUCCUCAAUCAUAAGACCAUUGGGACAGGUCAAAUUCAGGAGAAGAUCAUGGAACUAAAAGACGAAUGGAAACAUCUAGAAGAGCAGGCAAGCCAUCGGCUGAACCAUUUACAGGAUGCACUCAACUUCUUCCAGUUCAACGUCGAAACAGACGACGUGCUCGCUUGGCUGCAAGACACUUACCGGCUGGUGUCCAGUGAAGACUUUGGCCAUGAUGAAUAUUCCACGCAGUCACUACUGAAGAAGCAUCGGGGUGUGCAGGAGGACAUUGAGAAACAUAGGCUACAUGUCGUUUCCCUGCGCAAGCAUAUGGUGGGGCUAACCUUGCAGUACCGUGACCUCGAGGAAGUUCAGGCACGCAUGGCUGAGGUGGAACAACUUUAUACGGAAGUGGCCGAGGUGUCCGUGCUGCGGCAGCAGUGGCUCCUGGAUGCUCUGGCUGUUUACCGCAUGUUCAGCGAGGUUCAUGCCUGCGAGGUGUGGAUUGAUGAGAAGGAGCAGUGGCUAAAUAAGAUGAACAUCCCUGAACGGCUGGAAGAUGUAGAAGUGGUGGCUCACAGAUUUGAGAGUUUGGACCAAGAGAUGAACAGCCUGAUGGGAAGGAUCCUGGAUGUCAAUCAGAUAGUUCAGCAGCUUCUGGACGGUGACCAUCCCAGCUCCGACGAGGUGCGGCACUGUCAGGAUCACCUAAACGGCAGGUGGAACUGCAUUGUAGAGUUGGUAGAGCAGAAGAAAGACCACCUGAACUCCAUUCUCCGCAUCCAGAAUUACCUGCUGGAGUGUACGGAGAUCAAGUCCCAGAUCCGGGAAAAGCGCAAAGCCAUUGACUCUACGCAGUAUGCAGGGAGUGACCUUGGGGGAGUCUUGGCCUUGCAGCGCAAGCUCUCCACCAUGGAGGGAGCCCUGUCAAUCCUGGAGCCAAAGCUCAUCAAUUUGCAACAGGAAGCGGAAGAGCUAGCAGCAACCCACCCCGACCAGGCUAUGGAGGUGCUGGUGCAGUUUGAAGAAAUUAGCGUGGAAUGGGAAGAGCUGAAAUGCACACUACAGGGUUGUGAGGAUUCGCUGACGGUGGCUAGUCGACUACAGCAGUUCAUCCAGGACCUUGAUGGCUUCCUGACCUGGCUAGUACAAACACAGACAACGGUUGCAUCAGAGGAAUUACCUAACUCCCUGGAGGAAGCAGAACGGCUCAUAAACCGGCAUGCGGCCCUCAAGGAGGAGAUAGGCCGCUAUGAGGAGGAUUACGAGCGCCUUCAGGCUGUCAACGACCUACUCGAGACUGAGGAGGCACCCUUACCUUAUGUUGCCCUUCAGCAGUGGUUACAAAAGCUAGAUGUAGGUUGGAACAAACUCUUGGAGAUGUGGGAGAGCCGUCGGGAGGUGCUUGUGCAGGCACACAUCUUCCACCUCUUCUUGAGGGACGUCAAGCAAGCAGAGUCCUUGUUAAACAACCAGGAAUCAUCCCUAGCUCAUAUAGAGUUGCCCACUACAGUGGAGACAGUUGAGACUGCCAUCAAGAAGCACAAGGACUUCACUACCACCAUGGAGCUCAACCUGCAUCGCAUUAAGGCUGUCAUUGAGGCUGGGGAUAGUCUGAUUGGACAGCGAAAUAUCUACUCUGAGCGAAUCAAAGAGCGGAUUCAGACCCUCAACAACAGGGGAGCACAGAACCGCAACCUCGCUCAGCAAUGGCUCGACAGACUGAAUGAGCAGUGGGAGUUACAGAGUUUUCUUCAAGAUUGCCAUGAGCUUGGCGACUGGGUGGCAGAAAAGAUGCUAAUGGCCCGUGAUACUUCGCGGGACGAAGCGCAGAAGCUGCACAAGAAAUGGCUAAAGCACCAAGCAUUCAUGGCUGAGCUCGCUCAGAACAAAGAAUGGCUGGAGAAAAUUGAGAAGGAAGGUCAGCAGCUCAUUCAGGAGAAACCUGAGCUGAAGUCCAUCGUUCAGCGAAAGCUGGAGGAGAUUCGGGAAUGUUGGCAGGACCUGGAAAGCACCACCCAGGCUAAAGCUCGGCAGCUCUUUGAAGCAAACAAGGCUGACCUACUUGUUCAGAGCUACUCUAGUUUGGACCAGCGACUGUCCCAUUUGGAAGGCCAGCUAUCACAUCUUGAUCAAAGCCCGGACCUAACCAGUGUCAACAAGCAGCUAAAGAAACUUCAGACCAUGGAGUCUCAGAUGGAGGAGUGGUACAGGGAGGUGGGUGAGCUGCAGGUCCAGGCAGCCGCCAUUCCCCAGCCGGCCCUGACCAGGGACGUCAGUAUGUCAGACAAGCAGUCUAUGGUGGAGACACGCAUCGUACGCCUCAUCGAGCCACUCAAGGAGCGCCGGCGCAUCCUGCUGGCUUCCAAGGAGGUGCACCAAGUGGCCCGGGACCUGGAGGACGAGAUCCUUUGGGUCCAGGAGCGCCUCCCAAUGGCCACUUCCAUGGAGCACGGGAAUAGUCUGCAAGCUGUCCAGCAGCUCAUGAAAAAGAAUCAGAAUCUGCAGCGCGAGUUGCAGGCACACCAGGUCCGGAUGGAGGAUGUGCUGGAGCGGGCGGGGCUCAUCGGAUCCAUCAGGAGCCCUGAGGUAGAUUGCGUACGGGCCAGUCUAGAGAGGUUGCAGCACCUGUGGGACACUCUGCGACUAGAGACCGAACAGAGACAGCAGAAUCUGGACGCUAUGUACCAAGCACAGCAAUACUACUUUGACGUGGCUGAAGUGGAGGCCUGGCUGAGUGAGCAGGAGCUGCACAUGAUGAAUGAGGAGAAAGGCAAGGACGAGCCCAGCACUCUGAAGCUUCUAAAGAAGCACCUGGUUUUGGAGCAAACCGUCGAGGACUAUGCAGAGACCAUAGGCCUUCUCUCUCAACAAUGCAGACAGCUUCUGGAACUGGGCCAUCCGGACAGCGAGCAGAUUAGCAAGCGGCAAUCUCAGGUGGACCGAUUAUAUGUAUCGCUGAAGGACCUCGUUGAAGAGCACAAGUCCAGGCUAGAGCAGCAAUACUGGCUCUACCAGCUAAACCGUGAAGUGGACGAACUGGAGCAAUGGAUCGCAGAGCGUGAGGUGGUGGCCAGCUCCCCUGAGCUCGGACAGGAUUACGAGCAUGUCACGAUUCUGCAGGAGAAGUUCACAGAAUUUGCCACGGAGACUGGCAUGUUGGGUCAGGAGAGGGUGACGGCUGUGAACCAGAUGGUGGAUGAGCUCAUUGACUAUGGCCACGCCGAUGCAGCUACCAUUGCAGAGUGGAAGGAUGGCGUGAACGAGGCCUGGGCUGAUUUGUUGGAACUGAUGGAGACGCGAGCACAGAUGCUGGCUGCAUCACACCAGCUGCACAAAUUUUUUGCAGAUGCCCGGGAGGUUUUGGUCCAGAUCGCGGACAAGCAGAGGCGGUUACCUGAGGUGCGGGCGUGUCAGGAAGGUACAGCCAACACCAGCACGCUGCAAAGGCUCAUGCACACGUUUGAGCAGGACAUUCAGCUGCUCAUCACCCAGGUGCGGCAGUUGCAGGAGAGUGCAGCCCAACUUAGGACUGUCUAUGCAGGUGAAAAGGCAGAGGCCAUUGCCUGCAAGGAACAAGAGGUGAUGCUGUCCUGGAAGGAGCUGCUGAAUGUAUGCGACGAGUGCCGUGUGCAGAUUACCACUGUGACAGACAAGCUGCGCUUUUUUGGUGUGGUGCGUGACCUAAUUAUCUGGAUGGACGGCAUCAUCUGCCAGAUCGGGACAGGAGAAAAGCCCAGGGAUGUUUCUUCGGUGGAGGUUCUGAUGAACUAUCACCAGAGCCUGAAGUGUGAAAUCGAGGCACGCAACAAGAGUGUGAUCCAGUGUGUGGAAAUGGGGAAGACACUUCUGGCAGCUCGCAACCCUGCAGCUGAAGAGAUCAAGGAGAAAUUGGAUAGGAUUGUGGCUAAGCAGAAAGAGCUCACUGAAAAAUGGGACAAACACUGGGAGCUUCUACAACACAUGCUUGAGGUACACCAGUUUGCCCAGGAAGCUGUGGUGGCAGAGGCCUGGCUAACAGCCCAGGAGCCGUUCAUCAACAGCAGCGAGCUUGGUAACAGUGUGGACGAGGUGGAGCAGCUGAUUCGACGGCAUGAAGCCUUCCGCAAGGCCGCCGCCACUUGGGAAGAGCGCUUCAGCUCGCUACGCCGGCUAACUACGGUUGAGAAGUUGAAAGCAGAACAGAGCAAACUGCCUCCAACGCCGCUACUGGGCCGGAAGGUUUUUUUGGACCCCCAGGAAGCGUCCCCCAAUCGGAGCACCACCUCCUCCCUGAUACGGCAGACAAUCUAUGAGAAGCCUGAGCCCAAGUUUGAGAGACAAUCCCUGGAAUCCCCAGUCUCUCUGGUCAGAAAACUUGGUUCAACAGUGGCUAACUACACACCGGUCAUGAAUGGCUCUAGUUACCGAGGGAUAGAUUUGCGAGCAACGACCAGUGGGGAAGCGAAGGUGGCUUAUGUGCGACAAGACCUUAGGCCUGAACGUUUGCAGCCCAAGAUUGAUCAUGUCCACGAAGCUGUAAGGCCCUUGCUAGAAAUGCAUAAAACAGAAAGGGAUAAGGAUCAAGACAGGGGACGGGAGAGGGAAGGUGAGAUGGUCUUGGCUAAUGUGGUAAUGAGAGAACCUGGUCGAGAACUAAUAACCACUGAACAACCAAGGGACCCCCGUGGCAGCCGUUCUGACCCCCAGAUGGAUCACUAUCGGAGAGAAAGGCAUUUGGAAAGACAGGCUUCCAGCGAACAGGAAAUUCAAGCCCGACGCGAUGAGCUGCCCCAAGAAGUUUGGCGAGAGCGUCACGAACGCCGUUUAGAGCGGCAGACGUCUAGUGAGCAGGAGGGUCAUGGUCACGAUUCUCGCCGUAGAGACCGGCCACGGCUUGAGAGGCAAGAGUCAAGUGAGCAAGAGACAACAAGAGAUCACUCGGAAAAACGUUCUGCUGGGGAUAAACGGUCCACUUUGGCAGAAAUUGUAGAACAGCUGCAAGAGAGAGAAGCUGCACAGGCUCGUGGUGAGAUGCCACGACUUCUCAAUGGUCUACCUGAGAAAUCCAUUCGACCUGAUCGCCCACGAGCAAGGGAUCGACCUAAGCCCCGCCGUAGACCCCGGCCCAAGGAACCUAACCCAGGAGAGUCAAGGCGGUCUCGCUCAGCACCGGCACAGAGCAGUCCACCAGUGCCCCAGCCACCAAUGCAUACCGCACAGCACGAAGGCUUCCUCUUCCGUAAACUUGAUAUUGAGAGCCAGAAGAAAAGCGCAAACAGCAGGUCUUGGGUGAACCUUUACUGCGUGCUGUCCAAGGGAGAAAUUGGCUUCUACAAGGAUGCAAAGAAUACCACCACACCUUACAACAGCGAGCCAUUGCUUAAUUUAAGCAACUGUACCUGCGAUGUCACCAAUGGCUACAAGAAAAAGAAAAACGUUUUCACCCUUAAAACAAAAGAUGGGAACGAAUUUCUGUUUCAUGCAAAGGAUGAGGAGGAUCUGAAGGGCUGGAUCACAAGCAUCACCACCAGCAUUGCAGAACACGAGGAGAUCGCCAAAUGGGGACAGCCCCAGCCCACUACCUCUUCCACGGAUGAAGGCACGCGGCAAGAUGGCAGCAAGGCCGAGAAAUCAGAAAAGGGGGAGAGGUCCGACCUGGGGGACAGAAUAGAGAAGGGGGAGAGGUCAGAUAAGUCCGAGAAGGGGGAGAAAUCGGAGAAGAAGGAGAAAGCAGAGAAGGCAGAUCGACGCUCUAGCACAUCGGGAAAGAAGAAAUGAGAAUAUACCUAUAUUUCGGAGAUUUUGAAAAGAGAGAUUUAGCAUCUGUGUGAGUUUCCCUCUCACCAUUUCUUCUUAAUCAGAUCAGUUCUGAAUAACAAGAAAGGGACCAAGACGAGUAUGAAUGCUGGAACGGGAGAGUACGCAUCCCCCGCUCUGUCUUUUUCUUGUGUUGAGGACUAGACACCAAGCACCAGCUUUUUUGCUCCUACAGUCUCUGCUUCUGCCCCAAGCAGUUACAGUACCUAUUGGUCAAGACACUGCACCAGUUUAGGUGCUGUUGCUAAGAUACCCUUAAAAGAAGGUUCUUGUCACUGAUGGUAUAUUAAACUAUGUCAUUAAGAAUGUUUCAUUUUAAAUUUAUUUUAAAUUAUUCAAUUGUAUCUAUUUACCUGUCUACAUAUAUUUAUCUGUCUAGAUAUGUCUUAUAAUCAGAAGCAAAAGUUGAAUGAAAUAUGCCAAAAUAUUUCAAAAAUCUGGUUUCUUUCAGAUUUUCUAUUUUCUUUUCCCUGUCUCCAUUUUUUAUUUAUCUGAAGCCAACCUUUCUUAAUACUUGGGAAUUUCACAAGAGGGCUUACUUACUAAUUAGCAUAGCUGUGGGUAAUUGUUUGCACAUGCUGCAGUCCUAUGACAUUGGUUCGAAACUGAUUUCAUAUAUACUUAUCAAUGCCUAUAUUAGCAAGACAGAAUAAUCCUGAAUAAGUGUGCUGACGUAUCCACGCCCUUCACAAACAUGAAAUGCACAAAAGAGGGAAAAUGUACGUGAGUCAUAUUUUCAGUGACAUAAUACACGGGUCCAUUUAAUGGAUGCAUCAUCUCAUUGUUUUGUUUAUUUAUUUAUUUAUUUAUUUAUUUAUGCGUUUGUUUGUUUGUUUAUGUCUUGGCGGUUUUCAAAGUUUGCCAGGGACAAAGUAUGUUUUUCCUGCAUACCACAGCCAAGUUGUCAUGACUCAGGUUCUGUUUGUUUCUCUGUCUUCUCAGUAUCCCUUAGUCUUCCACACAUGAUGGGAUUGUCCCGAUAGGUAGAUACACUGUAUGGGGCAUCCUGCACAACUGUACAGAGUUUGAUAACCUGAGGACAAGAUAACACUGAAAUGGGGCUAUUAUAGCUGUUGUAAAAAAAAAAAAAAAAAUCCCCUAGAACUCGUAAUACAAAUUGCAUUACCGUGCUGACAAGACAGUAGGUAAGCAAAAUACCUUAGGAAUGCAAAACCACAUGACCAGUGGUCAGCUGCUGUGUUGUCAUGCGGUCUGAGGUUAAAGGUGUGAGCCAUGGUGCUUUCUGUGCAAGAUUUGUCAGAGACAAUUAGUUUAGAAUAAAAAAAUAGGUUGAUUCUCAAGAUUAUUUGCAAAGUAUACAGCAGGUAAGGCAGUAUUAACCAGAAAUUUGCAGGAUAACUGUAGACAAUUUGUCUGUUUCGAUUCCUAUUAAUAAUAAUAGAAACAAUUUCAGCUUUGCUCUUUAUAGAUAUGUAGUCAUGCAGGUUCUGCUGGUCCAAAGUCUUUAUAAUAUUCAUAGGAGAGUAAUGUUUACUUUUCUCCAAAAAUAGUAAACUAAAAAGCAGUGCAAAUAUAAUACAAAGUAUAAGCCAAAAGAUCUGAUUUUCACAGGUACCAUUGGGGGUGUAUACAACUCACAGUAAUAAGAUCAUCAUACAGUUGCAAAUUUAAAACAUUUCUUAAGCAUCAUGAGUCCCGCUACUUAAUUUUUUCAUUACAUACAGUAUGCACUGCUGUUUGCAUGGAAACCAACCAAUGGUAAAUGUUGGUGCACAUUAGCCAAAAGCAACCACUGAUUGUGGCAACGGAAUCGUAGUUACUGUGGACGUACAUAGUAACUGCACACAUGGAACCAAGUAUUUAAUUGUGUUUGGAAGAGAACCAUACUUUUGGAAGUUCGGAGUAUACCACAAAUAUACAACAACUACAAAUUUGUUGAAGCAUUUUAUUGCGAUUAGCACAGUACCUUUUUGCCUUCAGUGUAUUGAGCUUUUGUUUUUUUUUUUCUUUUUUUUCCAUUAUCUACGAAGAUUUUAACAUCACCGUUUCAUGAAUGGAAUUUGGUUACAAGGUUAUUUGAUUAUUUAGCAUUUUCCAAUAAUAAUCCGAAAACUUUUUUAUGGUUUAUGAAAUAUGUGUACAUUUGUAUUUUCUUUAAAAAGAAAAUACUUCAGAAAUACUUCAGGUCUGUAACAUCUAUAACAUGAAUAUUACAUUGGACUAAAAUGUCAGCAAAGACACAGAAGUUCUGUCCUUCGAAGAUAACAAUUCCUGAUUGUAAUUAUGCAGCAGAAUUGUGACAGUAGACUUUUUGCUCCAUGCUUACCAUCUCCUAAAAAUGUGAACAAUUCCAGAUGUAUGUAAAUAAGAUUUUUUAAGUAACCCAUUACUCAUAUUUUUCUCAAUCCUUUUAAAAUGAGUUGAAAUUUCAAUUAAAUGGCAUUUAAAACUUGCAGUUCUGUUUAGACAGCUAUUUCAUUUUCAUUGUAUUUCUUUUAUGAUUUUGGUAGCUUUACAGAAUUAUUUUUAUGCACUACUUGUUCAUCGAUGUAAACCAGUCAGUGUGAUGCAGUUUAAAUGCAUUAUUCAUAUUCAAGGAAGAGACCAAUGGAAAAAGUAACAGUUGAAAAGAGAAUUUAUGCAACUUUUCCUCUGCACUAAAAACACUCCCCCAUUGCACAGUGCUGUUGGCUGUAAAACAGGGGUGCUGUAGGGUCUGCAGGAGUGAAUUAUGCUGCAUUUAAUUUUGGAUAAAGUGAACUAAUAUUCAA